UUUUCGGAAUUUGGUAAAUGACUGCAGCAAGAAAGCAGACCAGAGCGCACGAGGCUGUGUCCGCCUCCGUGUUUCACCUCCGUGCACGUGUGUGCGCGCUCUCUUCCGCCAUGGAACGGGUCCACACGAGUCGGCGAGCACGUUAACGACACUCCGACGGGAUUGCUUUUUGUUCUUUCUCUCGGUUUAGCGGAGCUGGUGUUCCGGUGCUGGUACUGGGGCGGGAGCGCAGCGGCGGCCGCCGGUGAGUCUCCAAGUUGAGCGGCAGCGGACAAUGGGAGCAGCCGAGCCGGGCUGCUGCAGAGACCGCUACUACUACUGCUCACCCCGGGGAGCCGCCGCCGAGCAGCAGGAGGAGGAGGAGAGGGAGAAAAGGAGGCACACCUGCUCCACCUGCAGACCCUCCUCUCCGAGCAGCAGCCCCGUGCGGGUCCGGGACGUGUGUAGGAUGUGGGUGAGGAAAGCUGCGGCUCUGUCCUCGCGCUGGAUUUGGGGAAUAUAAAGCGCACGUGCACUCUUCUCGAGCCCUCCUGAGAGCGUGAGCCUCCCGCAGACCCACUGCUGAAGGAACCGGAGGGGAUGUGUUUCGUUCCCGCUGUCGGCGCCGCGGACCGCACGCGCUGGACUUUAGAGUGAUUGGAUGUAACUGUGGCUCAGUUGACAGGAUCCCGUGAUCUCGUCUCGAGACCCCCACCCACCCCCUUCUCUCCCCCCUAUUCUUCCCCCUUUUCCCUCCCCUCCCGAACCAGAACCCGGAUGAGCUCCGUACCCACUGCCCGCCUCUGUCCGUGGUCCUGAACACAGUCUCCUGGCGGAUUUAGUGGAUUGUUCCCCCCAAAAAACCCUCCUGCGUGGAGGCGUGAGAGCGGACAUCAGCAUGAUUUCAUGGAGACUGAGGUCAUGAGCAUCCCGCGGCUCGGCACCGGCGACUCCGGGAUCUGAAAACCCACACACAGAGACACACACACACACACACACACACACACACACACACACACACACACACAAAAGGUGGAACAUUUUCGGUUCACCUUGGAGGUCAUAAACCAGAAUCGCGACCCCCCCUCCCCUCUCACCCUCAUCUUCCUUCUUCUCUUCUUCCACUAAAGGCUUUUUUUGGUCUUUUUUUUUUUUUUUUUGGAGGGGACUUCAUCCUCUCCAGAGCGUGACCCCCCUCCUCCCCUUCCCACCACCUCCACACACUCCCCCUCCCCUCUAAACAAAAUGAGACUGGCAAAAAUGUGCCGACUAAACGUGCUGGGGAUCUAUUUGUGGCAAACGGUUGUGUUUUUCAGCUUGGCAGCAUCCAAAGAAGCUGCAGCGAGGAAAGCUGCCUCCCCGAUGCCACCGUCCGAAUUUCUGGACAAGCUCAUGGGCAAGGUUUCGGGGUACGAUGCCAGAAUCCGACCAAAUUUUAAAGUGUGGAACAAAGACCCCAAAGGCUCCAAAAAUGAAGCUACUCACAAGAAAGGUCCGCCUGUCAACGUAACCUGCAACAUUUUCAUCAACAGCUUCGGGUCCAUCGCCGAAACAACAAUGGACUACAGAGUGAACAUUUUCUUGAGACAGCAGUGGAACGACCCUCGGCUGGCCUACAGCGAAUAUCCAGACGACUCGCUGGACCUCGACCCCUCCAUGUUGGACUCCAUCUGGAAACCUGACUUGUUCUUUGCCAACGAGAAGGGGGCCAACUUUCAUGAGGUCACCACCGACAACAAGCUGCUACGCAUCUCUAAAAAUGGCAACGUGCUCUACAGCAUACGAAUAACGCUGGUCCUGGCCUGCCCCAUGGAUCUGAAGAACUUUCCAAUGGACGUCCAGACCUGCAUCAUGCAGCUGGAGAGCUUCGGCUACACCAUGAACGACCUAAUAUUCGAAUGGGACAAGAAGGGGGCCGUGCAGGUUGCCGACGGGCUGACACUACCUCAGUUCAUUCUGAAAGAAGAGAAGGACCUGCGCUACUGCACCAAGCACUACAACACAGGUAAAUUCACCUGUAUCGAGGCUCGUUUCCACCUGGAGCGUCAGAUGGGUUACUACCUGAUCCAGAUGUACAUCCCCUCUCUGCUCAUAGUCAUAUUGUCCUGGGUUUCCUUCUGGAUCAACAUGGACGCCGCGCCCGCCCGGGUGGGCCUGGGCAUCACCACCGUGCUGACCAUGACCACGCAGAGCUCCGGUUCAAGAGCGUCUCUGCCCAAGGUGUCGUACGUAAAAGCCAUUGAUAUCUGGAUGGCCGUCUGUCUGCUGUUUGUGUUCUCGGCCCUGCUCGAGUACGCCGCCGUCAACUUCAUCGCCCGCCAGCACAAGGAGCUGCUGCGCUUCAGACGGAGGCGACGACACAUGAAGCCUGAGUCUUGGCCUGUGUUGCAGGAGGAUGAGACGGGCGAGGGCCGCUUCAGUUUCCCCGGUUACGGCAUGGGCCCCGCUUGCCUGCAGGCUAAGGACGGCAUGGCCAUCAAAGGCAACAACAACAAUGCCCCGACCUCGGCCGCACCCGAAAAGAGCAUCGAGGAGAUGAAGAAGCUGUUCAUUAGUCGGGCCAAGCGCAUCGACACGGUGUCCCGCGUGGCCUUCCCACUCGUCUUCCUCAUUUUUAACAUUUUCUACUGGAUCAUUUACAAGAUCAUCCGCAGCGAGGACAUCCACAAGCAGUAGUGGAGAGCUGAGGAGGAGGACGAGGAGGAGAACGGUGCGAAGAGGAGAAGACAGAGAAAAGGAAACAGAGCGCUGACUUCGGUACAAGAUCUGUUGCCCCUUUUUCCACCGAGCGUUCUCUCCUCUUCCUCUUCCUUCGCCUUCAUUUGGUCGAGGAAAGUCACUUUCUUUGUGGCGGUCGCUCACCAUGGCACCACCUGACGCCUACAGACACGAUUUCAAAUAUUUAUUAUUGCUUUAUUUUUCCUUUAAUCUCCUCUCCUACCCUGAAACCUGCCCCGUUCCCGUCUCCUUCCAGCUCCUGAAUAAUCCGGACCGGUGCAAUAGCAAUGCAGUAAAAUGCAUGAUAUAUGAAUGUGGCAAUAUAUUCAAGAAACGAAAAGUUCAACUUUUGCAGGCAUCCCAGCAAAAACUGUGUGGGAGCAGUCGGACUGAACAAGCGAGGCUUGUAAAAGAAAUGUUGUGUUUUAGCUUUUUGUGUGACGACAGAUAUAAUGCUAUGUGACGGGUGGGUCGUGCGAGAGCAGUGUAAUAUACUCAUAUAUGUUAUCAUAACUGGGAAAAAAUAGGAUGUUUGUUUCCACAGGUGGGCGUCUGGAUUUAAAGGAUUUUUCACCCAAAAAAAAGAAAAGAAAAGAAGGCGGGCCGAUCGGUGCUUCCAUUGAACAAAGCGAUGCAAAGGUCGCGCUUUCUGUAUAUCGAGAUUUGCUUCAAAUGUGUACUGCAAGCACUCCUCAAAGCUCCCCCUUGCUCCCGCUGCCAUCAAGCACCGUGAAACUGAACCGACCUGUCAAUCACACGACUGGACGACAUGGGACAAACUAUCUCAUUUAUCCGUGCUCAGCGUGUUCCUCUGCCUGUCCUUCAUUUCUGUUUUUUCGGUUGUUUCUUAAUGAAUUUCUGUGCCGACUCAACACGUGGCUCCUGCGGCGCUCUGACACGCAGGAAGGAGGUGCGCUCUGAUGUCAGCAGCUGAUGUCGCCUCGCAGGCUCCUGGGUUUUUGAGAUUUCGCUUUGCUUUGGUGAAAGCGGACAGAGAACUACUCGAGCGAGGACGUAGCAACACACAGAUACGUUUACAUCUCCAGUAGUGCUUCCUUGCUUUGACCCCGCCUUAACGUGACGCCGCCCAUCCCGCUCCCCAGCCGAGAGGACAUAUGUUACCUUAAUUAACUGUAUUCCCGCCUCAUUCGUAUGCACCGACUGUAGCUGCAAACCUCAUAAAGCUACGCCGCCAUCCACAUGCAGAGGCUGUGAUGAGGGGAUUCGUCAUUUGAGGCUUCAUAAGUGUGACUAAUGAUUUUAUUUGUUUCGUUUUUUUUUCUUGUACUUUGCACCAGGCUUCUCUAUGCAAUGAUCAGUAUAUGCAAAUAUGAUUUUUCCCACGUCUUGGCACCCUCAUCCACAUCCCGCUGCAGACAGUGAAAAAAGGUCUUUCAUGCUUAUUGGUCAGAAUGGAGACAAAGGUGUUGCAAACUGCCCAGGCACUUCUGCCCAAUGCACACGGAUCAGUAGAUGGAGAAAAAUAUAUAUAAAUAUAUAUGUGUGUAUGUUUUAAACUAGAAAUCUGAAGGAAGGAGGUGGAAGGAGGAGAGUGAUGAUGUGUGUGCAGUGAGAACUCUGACAGGCUGUGAUGUGCAAUGUUCUUUUUUUUUGCAAACAUUUAAUCAGUCUCACACUAUCUUUUUCUGCUUCUUACACAAAAACCUGCCUUUGCAGCCAAACCUCAAAGGAGCACGUCGACGAUUCUUUGUGAGACACCGGGAGGCCUGGCUCAGCCGCACUGCCCAGUCAGAAACAUUUUAUUAAAUUCCAGCUUGUGCGCUGGUUAAAUUAGCCCGAUGUAGCUAUUAUAUAUUAUAGUUUGUGUUUCCUGGUUCUGUCCCAGUCCACAGACAUACUGUAAGAGUCUUAGAGAGAGCGGAUGAAUAUUUCCGAUUAUUCCUCUGAUAACCUCUGAUCAGUGAGCCACCAGCUGAAAGUCAACCAGCCAGCUAGACCUUCCUCGCUCUGACAAUAAAACAUGGAUUAUUUGUUUUGGUCUAAAUAUCAGACAUGGGGAGAUUGGCACAAAGUGCAUCUCCACUGUUAACUGAAACAAACAUUUCGCUGUCCAACUCUGCAUUGUGAGAAAAAAUAUGAUUUAAGAGGCUAUAAUUUCAUAUUCCUUUUAUCCUCAGAGACAGAAAUACAAAACAAUAUUUUCAUUUGGAUGAUUUCUUCAUUUCUCUCCUCCUGCUGUUUAAUCCAUGAAUCCGCAGCAAAGGGAUUCCUUAAAACUAAUUUGGGUUUUGUGUCUUUUACAGAACAUCUGAUGUAGAUUUUAAUUUACAUCAUUCGCUUUGUCUCAAAGUACACUGCGAGCAAUCCGAAGGGCUAUGCUCCACCUCUCCCUCUGCUCACAUGAUCCCAGCCUGUUCUGACUUUAAAAUGGAAGUGCCAUAAAAUCUGCUUCAGUCCAAACUAUGCAUCUCAUUCACCGAAUCAUUCCCAGAAAAGGAAAACUGCUCAAAGCUGGGACCUCAGAGGUGCUUCGGUUACUUACAGAGGCCGUUUUAUUUCCACAUGCGCGGCUGUGUUUCCGUGAGCUCCGGUCGAAUCCCCGCCUUCACCCUCUCACCCUCCUUAUCGUUACACCUUCAGAGAUGUGGGCACGGAUUCAGAUUCAGAGCAGAUCAGACGGUUCAAGCAGGGAAAGUAAAAAGGUGGUGUUUUUUCUGAAAACCCACAAAUAUGCAUGUUAAAUGAAGACCUCACCCAGGUCCAAAGUCACACUUGUACUUCUCUGCUAUUCAUGUAUGUGGGAGCAACGAAGCAAAACAAGCUCACUGGGCCUUUCAAAGGCUGCUGCGAUGCUUCUCACACAGCGUUCUUGGUUUGACCAAAGUUCUCCAGAAAUCACCUUAAAGCUAAUUCCAGGUAAUAAACUCUUUCAGUUACACGGGUUAGUCAAGCAGGUGCAGUACUUAAAAAGUAAACCGUUUAGUGCUGCUGAAAGGAAUAUUUUAUAUUUGUGUACAGGGACAAAUCAACGCUGUCUUAAAUGGAAGUGUUCGACUUUUAGUCCACCUGGCUCAGUCGUGGUGAGGCACACAACAAACUUUAAAAUAUCUUUUAUAAUAGAGCUUGAGGUGCAGCUCUUCCCAGCAAAUGAACUUAUAGAUCCGUGCACGCUCGCCAGGAAAAUCGUAUUUUGUAGACUUGGCAGCUCCUCUGAGCGACACGUAUGAUGCAAACCGCCUCUGAUGGCCUCUGUUUGCAGUGAAGCCUCCUCUGUGGUCACGGCCUGCACCCAGGUGGGAAACCUCAGCCGGCUCAAUCUGAUUAGGACGGCUCCUUUUAUCUUCUGUGCCAAAAACACAAGGACAUCAGUCGCCUGUUUUACAUACACAUGCACAUCUUCUCGUGCCAUAUGGGGGUUGAAUAUGCAACAAAAAAAGAGGACCUAGAAGCAUAUCGUGCAUCCAUUCAACCACCAUUUCCCAGCAUUUACGGCCCUCCCCUCAGGCGUGGGUCUCGUGCGUGUCAUAGUUGUUGUAGAGCUUUUUGUCAGGCCUCAUGCCGUCGUAUUAAUCAUUGUUCUCUGUGGGUUUGGGGGGCAGAGGGGGGAUACUGUGGGUUGGUUUUGCAUCGCGAUGUGAUGCAAACUGACAGAAGGAUGAGAGAGCGGGAUGCAUUUUUAGACGUUUAUGGAUUUUAAAGUAGCAUGGUUUGAUUUGCCGAUGAUUAAUGAUUCACGGGCUUUUGCAGGGUUUGUUUGAUUCUCUUGUAUUUUAUUGUAUGUACUAUACAACCCGAUGACCCCGAGGCAGAAGGAGAAAAAAACAGAGACUCUCGAACUGCUGUGAACUAAAGGAAACAUUAUUAUGACGAUUCUUCUUCUUAUUAUUUAUUUAUUUACUUUCUUUGCACAAGUUGGAAUGGCCUUAAUUUUGCUUUAGUUGCUUCUCUCGUGUAUUGGCACAAAGUGCACCUGUUUCGUUUGCCGAACUUACAAUUAUGCUCAUUAUGACGCUUAUAAUCUGAACGUGCACAUCAGAGCAGAAUGAAAAAAAAAAAAAAGUUCAGCAAAUCCUUUUUAUUUUUCAUUAAUCUGAGAAUCAAUAUUUUGCAUGAAUAUAAAUAAAAUGGCAGAUAUUUUGGCUUGUAUAAAAAAAUGUGAAGCAAUUUGAAGAGAAAAAAAAAAGAAUGUACCGUUUCUGCUGUAUCUGUAUAUAUCUAAAUAUUUACUGAAAUAUGUCAUACUACUAAUUCUAUUAAUGAUUAAAGGUUUUCUGAACAAAAAUCUCUUUACCUGUUUUUGAACAUUGUCGAGGUUGUUGGAGUUGGAUCUUCUGCUUUCUGUUACUCGACUCAAGGAUCUGUGUAAUCGUUCGAGAAAAAGUAUUAAAAAUUGCAAAGAAAUCCCG